AUGGCGAGGCGAGGCGCCCUGCUCGGGCUCUGGCUGCUCCUGGCCUCCCUGCUGCUGGGACUCUCCUUGGCCCAGCCGGCCCCUUCCCAGGCCUUCCAGGCGGACCGGGGCGCCUCCUCUCUCCCAGCCGCCGCCGUGGCGCCUCUCCGACGGUAUCUUUUAUAUGAUGUGAACCCACCUGAAGGUUUUAACCUUCGUAGAGAUGUCUAUAUACGUGUGGCCUCUCUUAUAAAGACUUUGUUGAAAAGUGAAGCAUGGGUAUUGGUUUUGCCUCCUUGGGGACGGCUGUAUCACUGGCAGAGUCCUGACAUCCAUCAAGUCCGGAUUCCUUGGUUUGAGUUUUUUGAUGUUCCAAGCCUCAAUGAAAACAUACCCGUCAUUGAAUAUGAAGAGUUUAUUUCAGAGGCUGGUGGGCCCUUUAUCGACCAGGUGUAUGUUCUACAAAACUAUGCUGAAGGAUGGAAAGAGGGGACUUGGGAAGAGAAAAUAAAUGAAAGACCAUGCAUUGACCAACUCAUGUAUUCAAUGGACAAACAGAAAUACUACAGGGGAUGGUUCUGGGGUUAUGAAGAAACCCGAGGCCUUAAUGUGACCUGUUUAUCUGUCCAGGGCUCUGCCUCUGUCAUAGCACCACUGCUUUUGAACAUCUCGUCUAGGUCAGUGAUGCUAGACAGAGCUGAAAAUCUUCUGCAUGACCAAUAUGGAGGGAAGGACUACUGGAAUACUCGGAGAAGUAUGGUGUUUGCUAAGCAUCUUCGUGUGGUGGGGGACCUGUUUAGAGACCAGUACUUAAACUCUACUGAUGAGAAGGAUGGGACACAGUAUAUCGAGGACUGGACAAAAAUGAAGGUAAAGCUGGGCACGGCCAUAGGUGGCCCAUACCUUGCAGUUCACCUCAGGCGGAAAGACUUCAUCUGGGGUCACAGAAGUGAUGUACCUAGCAUCCAGGGAGCUGUUAAGAAAAUCCACAGCCUUUUAAAGUUACAUAAACUUGAGAGAGUUUUUGUAGCCACUGAUGCCAUUGUGGAGGAAACUGAAGAGCUGAAGAGAUUGCUUCCACAAAUGGUGAGGUUUGAACCCACUUGGGAGGAGGUAGAACAGUAUAAAGAUGGUGGAAUCGCUGUUAUUGACCAAUGGAUAUGUGCACAUGCCAGGUAUUUUAUAGGCACCUCAGUCUCAACAUUUUCCUUCCGCAUUCAUGAGGAAAGGGAGAUUCUUGGUUUUGACCCAAAAACAACUUACAACAGAUUUUGUGGCGAUGAAGAGAAAACAUGUGAACAGCCGACUCAUUGGAAAAUUGUAUAUUAAACUAUCUCAGUCUGAGGGACUACAAUCUGGGCUCACCAAAGCAAUUAAACAAUCAUGGGAGUAUUUUUAGUGCUGGUUUGUCUUUCAUUUUUCAUGCUAAGCACAAACAAAUGGUAGUGGAUCUCUUCUUCAUUCAUACACAGUUGGUUCAGUAUAUUUAGCAGUACUGGCAGGUUUUCUUUGAAAAUACCAACGGUCUCUCUUUGAAUGUGAUUAGUUCAUAAUUUCAACAGCUACCAUGUUUUCAGAUAAUAUAAUGCCAGCUUGUAUUAUAUUCUUCAGAUCAAAAUAGCCUUUACUCUGAUUGUAGUUUAUUUUGUAUAUUUACAGGGAUAUUUUUUAAAGAUGUAACCCUAAUUUUGUAAGGUCUUGUUUACAAAGUUUCUGGUUCUUCACAAAGGCCUUCUAUUAUUUUUUUCUGAAUAAGCAUUGAUAAUAAUUUAGAGUGUGACUACACAGGGAUCCCUUGAGUAACAGAUCUACCAUAGGUAGCUUUCCUAGCCAAAAUGGUUGUAUAGGAAAGCUGUGUACUACUCUGCUUAAUUGCAUCGUCUUUUUCGUUCCUUAUUAAAUAUCUGCUUUGUUUAUUUUUGUUACCUAGAGUUGUCUGCUGUAACCAAAAAUAGAUUUACCAGUUGAUUAUGAAUAAAAUGAUUCCCUUUUUUAAA